AAAAUUAAUGUAAUGUAUUACAUGUUAUAUAUAAUAUGUAUAUAUAACAUAUGUAUCUACGUGUGCGUAUGUACCUACGUACAUUUUGUCUGCAACGUGUCGCAAAAAUUUGUGAAUUAGUUUGAACCGGGUGACAGAACUGGGAUGAGCGCGGAGUAAAAAUUAUUAUUGUACGCAAAGUUGGUGUAUUUGUUUUUUUUUUAAUGUAAUGAAGAUGGAUGUGCGGUGUAAUUUCAUAUGGUCUUUUCUUUGAGUGCAGAAUUAUAGAGAAAAACAGAUAUUGGCAGUCAAAUAUGAGCUACCCAGCUGAUUCCUUAUGGGAAAUUAACGGAAGCCAACAAUCGGUAAUCACAUCGGAAAUGCCUGCACAGUACGCUGGAACUGCAGAACUGGGAAGUUACCCGGUUUGGGAAAGUUCGAUGUUGUAUCCGCCGCCGCCUCCGCAACAACCGCAUAUCAACGAACACGGACUUUACAGACAACCCUGUACCCUGAUUCACCAAAGUCGAUACACACCGAACGGUCGCUCUCCAAAUCUUCCAUCGUCAACGACGAAGAAACCUCGUCGUCGCGUUGCCACUGUCUCCCAAAGAAGAGCGGCAAACAUUAGAGAAAGACGCAGAAUGUUCAAUUUAAACGAAGCGUUUGACAAGCUGCGGAGAAAGGUACCGACGUUUGCUUACGAAAAACGUCUGUCCAGAAUUGAGACACUUCGCUUAGCGAUAACGUAUAUCGCAUUUAUGGGAGAAUUGCUCGGGCUCGAUGCAAACAGCCCGAAGCAAGAUUAUAUCCCGAGAGAAUAUUAUCUGCCUAAUUAGAAAGGAAAAGAGGAUUACGAUAUACGUCACUGUAUGCAUAGAAGCGGAAGAUAAUAAUUAUACUAUACCAUACCAAUAUACCUACUACAUAGGUAUAUACAAUUAUACUUAUACGCUCGUAUCCGGAUAUGAAAAAUCACAAAGGGUCUUCCAUAUUAUACAAUAUCGACUGAUAUCAGUGAAUCGUACAACGAUGAUUAUUCGAUGAUGAGUCGUACGCGUACCUGGUACACUGUAUAUACCACGCAUAUGUAUAUCGUGUUAUCAAGUACGUACAUACCUAUACGUAUACAUAUACUAUUUAUAUCGUUGAGUCGGUAAAAGAAUUAAAUUUAGUUGUCACAAAAUAAAAAUUCAUUUGGGAUCCGCACGCACGGGCUAUAAGCAGACACUCGAUGUCGUGCCUGUUAUACGUACCUACACGUGUAUCUGGCGAUGGGAUUUAUUCAAAGACAUCGAUCCGAUGUCUUUCCAUUUUUUCGACUUUCGGACAGAAAAUGAAAAUCAUCGGAGUGCAGUAUUUAUUCGUGAAAAUUCCGCGAGCUCAAAAGUCCAAUUGAAUGACAUUAGAUCAUUUCAACAAUCUUCUCGAACGGAAGGAAUAACUUUUGUUAUACGAUAAUUUGUUAGGAUAUCUUCAUUCAGUUGUCAAACUCGUAUUUGUGAACUUCGAAUAAAUCAAAAACUAAAGCUCUAA